UUUACAUUACAGUAUGUGUUUUGGAAGAGCGUUGGUUAACUAAUAAAUAUUGAAUGCGAGCGUUGUUGUAAACCAUACAGUUAGCUGCGACAUUUGGCUCUCAGGGGCGGAGAGGAAUUAUAUACCUGUAUGCACAUUCGCUUGCUAGUUAGACGCUGGAUAAUUUACUGUUGAACGGAGACACUGCAAGGAACUACCGGGGCGCUUUAUCCGUACAAUGAGCUCGGACCACCAAAGUGAUGGCGACGACGCUGACGAUUCUCAAGACAGGCCAGGAAGGGCAGUGUCUGACAAGGAAGACCCCGACAUUGAAGACUCGGAUGAUGAAGAGAAAUCCCCGACUACCUGUCCUCGUCCACCGAGGGAAAGGAACGCCAGACCGGUGACGACGGAUACCAAUCCCCAGUGUCAGGCACCAUCUCAGCCGGGGAAGGGUGGCAGUACUAGCACUGCCACGGAUGUCAGUUACUCCAGCUUGUUUUCAUGGAUACAAAACAGGACUAUUAGAAGAGGUCUUUUCGUUGAUCCGUCAAGGGAUAACUUUAGGACAAUGACAAACUUGUAUCGCUCAAUGAAUCCUGCUACAGACUCCGUCAACUUGAGCACUCAAACGCAUGGAGCCGUGUUCAAUUUGGAAUACUCGCCGGACGGGUCUGUUCUGACGGUGGCCUGUGAGCAGACGGAGGUCCUGCUGUUUGAUCCCAUCUCCUCCAAGCACAUCAAGACUUUGGUGGAGGCACAUGAAGACUGCGUCAACAACAUCAGGUUUCUAGACAACCGUCUGUUCGCCACCUGCUCCGACGACACCACUAUUGCGUUGUGGGACCUGCGUAAGCUGAGCUCUAAGGUGUGCACGCUGCACGGCCACGCAAGCUGGGUGAAGAACAUCGAGUACGACACCAACACCCGCCUCCUCGUCACAUCCGGGUUUGAUGGCAAUGUCAUUACCUGGGACACCAACAGGUUCACGGAAGACGGCUGCCCCCACAAGAAGUUCUUCCACACGCGCUACCUGAUGAGGAUGCGUCUGACGCCCGACUGCUCCAAGAUGCUGAUCUCCACAUCCUCUGGCUACCUGCUGAUCCUCCACGACCUGGACCUCACCCAGUCCCUGGAGGUGGGCAGCUACCGCAUGCUGCGUGCCCGCCGCACGCCCCUCAGCUCAGACGGUGCUACUUCAGCCUCCAGGUCGGCACCAGGCGCUCCUCGCCACGGCAAUGACUCAAGCAAGAUCCACCCUCACAGAGAAGGCCUGUCCCCCAGGAACAGCCUGGAGGUGCUGACCCCUGAGGUUCCUGGAGAGAGAGACCGCGGGAACUGCAUCACCUCCCUGCAGCUGCACCCUAAAGGCUGGGCCACGCUCAUCCGCUGCUCCAGCAACAUGGACGACCAGGAGUGGACGUGUGUGUACGAGUUCCAGGAGGGGGCCCCCGCGCGGCCCCCCGCCUCCCCCCGCUGCUCUCUCCGGCUCACCCACUACAUCGAGGAGGCCAACGUGGGCCGGGGCUACAUCAAGGAGCUGUGCUUCAGCCCCGACGGCCGGCUCAUCUGCUCGCCAUACGGCUACGGCGUCCGCCUCCUGGCCUUCGACCAGCACUGCGGCGAGCUGACCGACUGCAUCCCCGUCCAGACCAGCUGCCUGCGGGAGGUGCGCUCCAUAUACUCCCACAGCGACGUGGUGCUCACCACCAAGUUCUCCCCUACACACUGCCAGCUGGCCUCGGGCUGUCUCAGCGGGCGUGUGGCCCUCUACCAGCCCAAGUUCUAGAACCCCCCCCCCCCCCCC